AUGAUGCCCAGCGAUGUCCCCUUGCAGGCCCUUGGGUCUGACGAUGUACAAGUAGAUGGAACGAUGCGGACGCUGUGGCUGUCUGGCUUCCCCCUCGAUGUCAAACACAGGGAGAUCCACAACCUCUUCCGCCCGUACCGAGGCUACGAGGACUCCAUCUUGAAGCCCAAUGGUGUCGCCUUUGUCACAUUCACUUCACACGAGGCAGCUGUGGCCGCCAAGAGUGACAUCACAGGGCUUCAUUUCGAUCCUGAUGGCACUGACGUGUUGAAGGUGGAGUUCGCCAAACAAAACUCCAAGAGAAGGCGAGAGGCCGAAGAGUCGGCUUCCCCUGAGUUUUGGUCCAAGGAGAGGGAGGCAAAGCGCAUCAAGAGAGCCCUGGCAGGUGGAGGUGGCGGUGGCGGCGGACCAACCUCUAUCGACGUCAACGCAAUGUACAGAGCCGGCCUGGCCGGGUAUCCCUUCAAUCCGCCGUCAAUGUACGGCCUGUCAUCGAUGGGUCCUGUGCCCGAUGCCUACCUCCUCGGCGGACAGGAUCGACUGCCCAAGCCCGCCGGGAAGUCCCUCGUCAGGUUCCCUCCGGGCUCGACUUUGUUCAUAUCCAACCUCGGCACAGCGUCGUCGGAACAAGAGAUCUCUGAAGUCUUUGGCGCAUUUCAGGGUUUCGUCCGGGCACAGCUUUACAACAGAGGCCACAAUAUCAACGCCUUCGUCCAGUACAAGGACUAUGAAAGCUCCACACAAGCGCUCAACCACCUUCAGGGCAGCGUCCUCAUGUCCUCGGACAAGGGUCCCAUGAAGAUCGAGUACGCCAAGAACCCGAUGGUCAUCCGGAAGGAGGACCAGGGGCCAUAUGGCCUCUGA